CAUCCCAUCUCCAAGGGAGUCCUCGCUGUGGAUACUUCUCUCCCGGUCACCGCCCAUCCUAUCGUUCAGCUCGCCGAGCACGCUCGAAAGGAAUGGGACAGCAAGGUCGCAAGGCAGAGCAAGACCUUGCUCCAAGCUGUCAACGAGUACAAGAAGCGUAAUCGAGGCCGGGCUCCGCCCAGGGGUUUCGACAAGUGGUGGAAGCUCGUCAAGGAACACGACGUCCAGCUCCCCGACGAGUACGACCAGAUCAACGCCGACCUCGCCCUCUUCCGCGCCCUGUCCCCCUCCGAGCUCAACCAUCGAAUCGAUGAUGCUCUUGAGUACGCGGACACUUUCCACUUGAUCCUCGAUGAUGGUGAGAUCAGCACUGGGGGUACCUUUUCCGAUGCCGAGAUCGAAGGUGCGAGGGAUCGGAUGUCGGGGCAAGUCGACCUCCUUGAAGAAUUUGGGAUCCCGGCUUGGAUGCCUGAUUUCAGAGCCGUCUUUGGGGUUCAUGAUACUCCUAUGGGCUUCAUCGGCGCUGAUCAUCGGUCAGACCUGUUGAACGCUGUCGAGGACGACGAGUACUACGACCCUUCUGAGGAACUCGACGUCUCCGUCCGAGGUUGGGCCGCUGGUUGUGCUCCCGGGUCGGCCAUGCGAAAGGCCGCUCGAGGUCUCGAUAUCGCCAAGCCUCCCAAGAAGUCUUUCGUCGCCGACAUUUCUGCCAACACCGACCUCUGCUCUCAUCCUCACCUGAUCGACAUUCACGGUAUCACCGCUGGAAAGGCUCCCAACGUUGCCGGUCGUCUCGAGGCCAUGUUUUCGCUCUCCAAGACUUCGCUUCAUACCGACGUCCUCGCCGUGCCCGUCGAACAGUGGGUGGAGAGUUUACCCUCUAUCGAAUGGUCCGAGCGUAACAACUCCAAGUUGCUCUGGCGUGGAUCCAACACGGGUGUUUACCACUCCUCGGCUACUCCUUGGAGGGAGAGUCACCGUACUCGACUCGUCAGGACUACCAACAAGUACGCUGACGGCGAGAUCGACAUCCUCCCUACUCCCGCCAUGGUCGCCUCGGAAAAGAAGGUUCCCACCUUGCAAGAAGCUAUGCAGCACUUGCACAAGGGGACUGCCAAUGCCAGGCUGUUCGACAUCUCCUUUGCCGGUCGACCUAUCCAGUGCGAGGUCUCGGAUGGCACUUGCCGAGAGUUGGCCGAGGAGUACGAUUUCAAGACCACCUUGAUGACCUUUGAGGAGGCUCUCGAGUACAAAUACGUGCUUGACGUUGAUGGCAACUCUUGGUCUGCCCGUACUCAACGACUCCUUAUGGGCGGUUCUUUGCUGUUCAAGUCGAGCAUCAACCCCGAGUGGUGGAGCGACCGAAUUCAACCCUGGGUCCACUACGUCCCUAUCAACAUCGACUACAGCGACCUUCACGACGCCUUCACCUACUUCCAUGGGGACGUUCGAGGGGUCGGUGGGAACACCGAGCUCGCCGAGCGGAUGGCCAAGGAGGGA